UUUGACGUUUGGAAUUUGAAAUGUUUUGAAAUGAGAAAAGAGAAAUUAAUAAAAGAGCCGAGUAUCACAAACAAGUAAACAACAAUUUUCUUGUGUUCAGUGAACAUGUCUUGCAAGAGGUGCUGUGUUCCAGGCUGUGCAAGAACUGCAGGUACAGAUAAUGCCCUGCACAAUUUCCCAGAUCCUGCAAAAGAUUUGGAUCGUUUUAUGACCUGGAUUCAAAAUAUUGGUGGGGAUAUCUCGAAAUUGUCCAGUAUGUCCAUUCACAAGAAUCGUAGAGUCUGUCGCCGUCAUUUUGAAGCAAAGUAUCUUUGCCGAUUUAAUAGAAUCAACAAAAUAGCUGUGCCAACUUUAAACAUGCCAUGCAUGCCAGAGUCUACAGACAGUGGGGACUUCUGUGAAACCUCUGCAUCUCUUCUAUCAAGCACUGGCAUGCCAGAGUCUACAGACAGUGGGGACUUCUGUGAAACCUCUGCAUCUCUUCUAUCAAGCACUGACUCACAUCCUGAACCAAAUGAUUGUGACCAACAACAACAAUCAAAUGCAAGUGAAAGGGUUCCAACCGAAGACAAUACUGACAUUCUGGAUGAUUUGCCCAAACUGACACUCAAUGAAGAUGCAGUGUCCAGCACUAAGAACAACCAUGCUUGUAGCAUGAGGAAACCACCUACCAUUAAAUUGGUUCGAAGAAUACCAGCUACGUCAAAGAAAAUGCAAGGUCCGAGAAAGAAAACCUUGAAGGAGGCAGAAAGAAAAAUUAGGGAUCUGCAAUUAGAAAUCCUCAGAUUAAGGAAGCGGUGCAAAUUUCUUGCAUCAAGACUGGAAGACGCAAAAAAACUGACUGACAACAAGACCAUCCAAAGAACAACUAAUAUCACACUACCACCAAAAAUAUUUACGCGAAUUUACGUCACACGCGCGGAUUUAAGUCACAGAAAUUCACAAGUGCCCCACAUUUCAAUUUAAUGGUUCAGUAGAUUCGGAUUUCGGAGCAAAUUGGCUGUGACAGACAAACACACGAGUAAAUACAUUAAAAAACCGGUCAAGUGCGAGUCAGAUUCGCACAUGAAAGGUCCUGUACCAUCGUAAAAGAUAUACCUAAUACCUUUUUGUAAAACUCUGCAAGUUAGUCUAGGUCAACGGGAAGUACCCUAUAGGUUUUCUUGACAGACACGACAAGACAACAAAGUGAUCCUAAAACGGUUCCGUUUUUCCUUUCGAGGUACGGAACCCUAAUAAUAACACUAUUUUUUUUUUAAUUUUCGUGGCGGCCAUCUUUAAAAUUUUAGCAUUUGUCAGGCUGCAUCUCGCCUGACAUCUAGUCACGGUGCGACCGAUAUUGAUUGACGACCUUCCGCGCGGUCGUGGCAAGAGUUGGCCUUUUCAGUGCGACGCGGACGACCUACGCGGACGUCCGCGACGGACGGUAAAAUGUAUGAAACCUUAAGGCCCUAUUCAGUGCGACGCGGACCAUCCGCACGCGGAUGAGGUUUUGCGUCCGUCGCGGAUGAAUUCGUCGUUCAGUGCGAUGCGGAUCGUGAUCGAGAGUGGUACAGUGUCAUGGAUAAAACUUUGAAUUUGGUGAUUGCGGCCUAUUUAUUAAACAACAGAAGAAGAAGACGCCAUGGUAGAAGAUUUAAUGUGCAUCCACUGGUUGAGAAAAGACUUCUUAAAGGAGAAUUUGUAUCCUUGUUUUCGGACUUGCGGGAUGACGAAAUGAAAUUCUUCAAUUCCAAAGACAUGGUCGAAGUCAUACUUCUUGUAUAACCCUCUCAGUUUGCACAUUUGACGCAGCCGCCAUGACAACGACAGAACCUUACGUCCGCUCCGCGCGACUGUCCGCCGAGCACUGAACAACGUCAGUUGAACUAAAUUACCAAUUGGGCUAGUUCAAAUCAAAGUUUCAACUUAGUAAUGAGCUUGCGAUGAUCUUAAAAAGUAUUUUCGACAGUUUUACUCGAAAAAAUCUAGGCUACGUAUUAAAAUAAAACGUUUAGUACGAGUAA